AACAUUAUUAAUGUAUGGGUAAUUUCGGAGCGUUUGGUGUGGAAAAGUGAUUAAUUUAUUUGUGUGGUGUUUUGUAGUGUCAUUGCUCAUUUUAAUGUCUUCUUAGUGAUUUAAUAGCAGGUAAACCUGCUUCCAUCUUAGACUGCAUCAUCACCACCACCAGUUGAGAUUGAAAUCAAGAGCUGACUUGUAGUGGAGUGGUCACAAACACAAAGAAAAACAUGAUCCCUAAAACAUUAACAAACAGGUACACCGAAGAGCAGCCUUCCACGCAGUUCACCGCCCAGCUGCCCAGCGAGGUGAGCCCGGCCCCGCCCGGCCCCGCGCAGCCGACGCCUCAGCCUGUCUCCUACGCACUUCUGCAUCUCUCCGCCUCCGACUCGACCGAAACGCCUUUUCUCCAAGUACAGCUCCACUCUUCGCCUGUCCCCCCUCCUCCGCCACCGGCGAGCGGCAAGUCCAACUUGUGUUACUCUAGCACGGGCACUCUUCUCUCUCUACCACCCAAGAAGAAGGACAUAUAUCGCCCCUACUGUCUGGGCGACCGUGCAUUUCUCCAUAGGGCCGAGGAGGAUCUCAAUGCAGCGCACGCUAUUCUCGAUUUAAGUCAACACGCAGUUUUUCUAACUACACCGCCUCGUACUGAUCCAGCACCCCCCGAACCGCCCCCUCCCCCGCCUGAGCCGCCGCAGGAGCCAACGGCGGAACGCCCCCGGGAAACCGUCGCGUACACCUACGACGCCUUCAUCGUGAGCGACGGCCGAUCCAAGCGGCGCAACUACGCUAACGCCCCCGUCGAAAGCGCCCAGCAACCUGACCAUAAAUCUAAAUACACUUGUAGCGAGUGCGGCAAGCGCUACGCGACCUCGUCCAACCUGUCGCGGCACAAGCAGACGCACCGCAGCCUCGACUCGGUGUCGGCGAAGCGCUGCACCGAGUGCGGCAAGGCCUACGUGUCCAUGCCGGCGCUCGCCAUGCAUCUGCUGACGCACCAGCUGUCGCACGUGUGUGGCGUUUGCGGGAAGCUAUUCUCACGGCCCUGGUUGCUGCAAGGCCAUCUCCGCUCCCACACCGGAGAGAAGCCUUACGGAUGCGCGCACUGUGGGAAGGCAUUCGCGGACCGCUCCAACUUGCGCGCCCACAUGCAAACCCACUCGGUGGACAAGAACUUCGAAUGCCUGCGAUGUCACAAAAUGUUCGCUCUCAAGAGCUACCUCAACAAGCACCAGGAGUCGGCGUGCGUGCGAGACGACGACUCUCCGCCGCCACCGGAGCCGCCCGCCGCGUCCGGCUAGGCGCACGCGCGCGACACAACCAGGGACCGUAAUCACUGUUGUAACAUUUACAUUAAACGUAAAGUAUUAAUAUGAAUUUAGUUUACUAGCGUAACUAUUAUAAAUAUACAAAUUCUAAAAUAGGUAGAUGGGCACGACCUGUGGCGGUGUAACAUCCGCCACCCGCGUCGUGCUGCAAUCGAGCAACGUUUCGCAAACAACGAAUCACGUAAGACCCCGUAGUGCCGCGGACGCGGCUGUAGGCCGCGGCGACAAACGUCCUAAUAACGUUAAACAUAAAAUUAUGUAUAUACAUGUCGAUAAAAUAUACCCUUAUAUACAUAGAAGUAAUAAAAUACGAAUGAAACUAAUAUCUUUUGUAGGUGAUUUUUACAAACAGCGAAGUAGGUUAGAGAGUAUUAUGGUGUAAGUAUGUGUGGAGAUGCGAGAGACGAGCGCCGAGCUCGUCGGUGGACGAAGGCGGAGCGCCCGGGCUCGCCGCGUCGUCCGUCUCGGUGGGGAACUUGCCAAAACUUUCCGUCCGAAGCUCCGCACAGUCGCCGCCCGCUGCGCCGGCCGCCCGCGACAGUGCCUUAGCGGUGACCACGCGCCGCACCAUUCCGCACCACGCCGCACCGUGCCGCAAUCUCCCGCACCCUCUGUUGCACCCCUUGCCCCCACCUUCCUGCAAUCAAAACCAAAUCACGUCUAGUGAAUCAAUUCACAACAUUAUCACUAUUCCUGAAACCAAAUUGAACGUGUACAUUGUUGUAAGAUUCAGAGCAUUUUGAUUUCAGUCUAGUUUUAAUAAAAUCACUUUUCGACAAUCAUUUUUUGACUUUUAAUUUCAUUGACUGAUUGACCGUCGAAUAGAAUCAUUAAAAUUCAUUAAAUCAAAUGGUUAUGGACGGGCGGCGGGCGUGGCACGCGACGGCUAUAAGGGACGGGCUUCGCCGCGUCACUCAGAGAGCAUGCCUUUAGAUUGAGUGGUGUUAUUAGUGUCGAGUUGAACGUAACGGGCAAUAAACUAGUUUAGAUUAAGGUAUAAUUAAUUCUAGGUUAGUGAGGUGAGCACGAGGUGCUCGGAAGAAAUGGGUAUUCGAAAAGCAAUAAUAAUGUAGUCUAAAUUAAGUCCGCACCGCUGUCGAAUAGACGCAGCAGACUUACAUAUAUCCCCGUAGCGUUCCCGUAGCUCUCGUAGAAGAGCAGCGUCGGCUACGCAGACGGCAAGUGCGAAUAACGUUCGCGUCCUCUGCAUUAAUGUUUAAGAUCUAGACAGCGUAAGCAAUUUGAUUAAGAUGAAAGUUUAUUCUCACUAACAGUGGCAAGGACAACGACCGACAAUUCCACAACCCAAGUAGGACUAGUAACGAGGCCCCUUCGGUGCAUCACUUGGGUGUGGUUUCUAUCCAGGGACCCAGUGGCGCACUGAUGCACCCAAUCACCCUGUUAUUACCAAUCGAGGUCUGAGGAUCACCGGAAAUACUUUUAGGGCGAUGUUCAAUUCGUUAUCCAAUUUAUUAUAGACGUUAAAAAGUCGUGGGU